AUGUUAAAUCACCAUUGGGAAUUCUCAGCGCUGACCCCGCCACCAUCUUCUCUAUCCGCGCGGUGCCGGCACGGCGGCACCUUCCGCGUGGCACUUUGUAUCUUUAAGACGACUCCAAAGUCCACCUGCUUCCCUCCCAUUCUCUCGCCCUUUCUUCCCCCCUCCCAUCCCCCCUCCCAUCCCCCCUCCCAUCCCCCCUCCCAUCCCCCCUCCCAUCCCCCCUCCCAUCCCCCCUCCCAUCCCCCCUCCAUCCCCCCUCCCUUCCCCCUCCCUUCCCCCCUCCCAUCCCCCUCCCAUCCCCCCCUCCCAUCCCCCCUCCCAUCCCCCCUCCCAUCCCCCCUCCCUUCCCCCCUCCCAUCCCCCCUCCCUUCCCCCCUCCCUUCCCCCCUCCCUUCCCCCUCCCUUCCCCCCUCCCAUCCCCCCUCCCUUCCCCCCUCCCUUCCCCCUCCCAUCCCCCCUCCCUUCCCCCCCUCCCUUCCCCCCUCCCAUCCCCCCUCCCUUCCCCCCUCCCUUCCCCCCUCCCAUCCCCCCUCCCUUCCCCCCUCUCCCCCCUUCCCCCUCUCCCCCCUUCCCCCCUCUCCCCCUUCCCCCCUCUCCCCCCUCCCUUCCUUCCCCCCUCCCUUCCCCCCUCCCCCCCCUCCCUUCCCCCUCCCAUCCCCCUCCCUUCCCCCCUCCCUUCCCCCUCCCUUCCCCCUCCCAUCCCCCCUCCCUUCCCCCCUCCCUUCCCCCCUCCCUUCCCCCCUCCCAUCCCCCCUCCCUUCCCCCCUCCCAUCCCCCCUCCCUUCCCCCCUCCCAUCCCCCCUCCCUUCCCCCCUCCCAUCCCCCCUCCCUUCCCCCCUCCCAUCCCCCUCCCUUCCCCCCUCCCAUCCCCCCUCCCUCCCCCCUUCCCAUCCCCCCAUCCCCCCUCCCUUCCCCCCUCCCAUCCCCCUCCCUUCCCCCUCCCUUCCCCCCUCCCAUCCCCCCUCCCUUCCCCCCUCCCAUCCCCCCUCCCUUCCCCCUCCCUUCCCCCCUCCCUUCCCCCUCCCAUCCCCCCUCCCUUCCCCCCUCCCUUCCCCCCCCUUCCCUCCCCCCUCCCUUCCCCCCUCCCAUCCCCCCUCCCUUCCCCCCUCCCAUCCCCCCUCCCUUCCCCCCUCCCAUCCCCCCUCCCUUCCCCCCUCCCAUCCCCCCUCCCUUCCCCCCUCCCAUCCCCCCUCCCUUCCCCCCUCCCAUCCCCCCUCCCAUCCCCCCUCCCUUCCCCCCCUCCCAUCCCCCCUCCCAUCCCCCCUCCCAUCCCCCCUCCCAUCCCCCCUCCCAUCCCCCCCCUCCCAUCCCCCUCCCUUCCCCCCUCCCUUCCCCCCUCCCAUCCCCCCUCCCUUCCCCCCUCCUUCCCCCCCCCCCCUCCCCCCCCUCCCAUCCCCCCUCCCUUCCCCCUCCUUCCCCCCCCCAUCCCCCCUCCCUUCCCCCCCCCUUCCCCCCUCCCCCCUUCCCCCCUCUCCCCCCUUCCCCCUCUCCCCCCUUCCCAGAUCCGCCUCGUGA